AUGGUCAUUGUCGACAAGUCCAGAGUUCAUCGCCUGGAGGUUCGAUGCUGUGAAUGUCCGAAUGCCAUGAGUCCGGACAUUCAAAUGUUUCAACACAGAUUUUUCCCUGCAUCUUUUAACAGGCCAAAGACUGUGUUCACCUUCAGAGUGCUCAAUGAUUUUCUACUGGACAGCCUUGAAUGCGGCACCUCGGCGAUGAACUAUUACAGCAAGCUCCGGCGAAUGACCUCCAGCAUGUUUCCACACCUUGUUCCGGACCAAUACAGAGAGCUCAUGAGGGUCGCUCGACAGUGGAGGCAGUUGAAGACAAUGAAAUGGCAUGGCUUUGGCCAUCAUUCUGAUAACACGAGCACAGGAGAACUUGCAUUAUUUUGCCUGGCAUGUCCUCAGCCUGGGAUUAAUGUGCUGUUGUCAGAGGAUGAAUCUCUUGAUGAGGAUCCAAGCUGGAAAUACACCCGGUCAUUUGUGAUGGAUGGAAAUUUCAAAGCCGAACAUCUGCAUCCCAUUAAGCCAUUCAAUGAAGUUUGGCUGUCCGAUGGGCUUGGAUUCAUGGUAGGAAAGGACAGGUAUAAAAUGCAUCUGGCAGAGGCUGCUGACACAGUGGAAAAAUCAAGCUGCAACAAUCACCGGGCAGCUUCCCGGCACAACAUGGAAGGCAUCACCAGGGCUGUCACCUUCUAUGAUAUUAAUUGUCAAUACAACAAACACUUUCGGGUUCGGGUGGAUCGAAGUCGAUUUCUAGAAAUGGCACCACAACUAACCAUCAUUCCUGGAAUUGGGUUAUGGCACGUUCAUGGCCAUCAGGACAGCUACUAUGUCCGAUAUGCUUCUAACUUUAUUGAAGGCAUUGGUCGGAUCGAUGGAGAGAUCAUGGAGACACUAUGGGCACAGCUCAAUCUGAUCUCCCCUGCUGCUCGGGGAAUGUCAUCUCCCCACUGA